GGUCAAAGAGAGAAGACCUAAUUAUAACUAGAGAGAGUCCAGUAGGCUUUCUUUGACUCAUCAAUUAAAUCUUCUUUUCUCAACUAACCCUUUGAAAACCGAAAUUAAAUUUCUUCGAAUAAUAAGAAAAGUAAAACCCUACACACCCAAAUCUCGUUUCGUUUUUCUCAUUGUAAAUCUCGUUGAUUUUCUUGUUUUUUUAUUAUUUCUAACUGGGAUAAGGCUUGUGAAUCUACACUAUGGUUGCAACAUCUUGCUCUGAACUUCUGUUCCAAACGAAGUUCACUGCUUCCCAUCCCCAUAAACUCUAUCGUAAAUUCUCAAGGUCAUGCUCUCAGACCACGUCUCUCAGUGGAUCUUCAUCUCAAGCACGCACUUAUCUAAGUAUUGAUUCAACUAUUAAACGAACUGGCAAUGUUGGGGGGCCGUAUGUUUAUGGUCCUGCUCAAAAGAGAAGUGUAGUGGGGAAAACAUUUUGUGCUGUGGGAGUAAGCACAUAUGGAGAAAAUGUUGCAGAAUAUCAACCUCAUUUACAUGCCGCAGAAGAUAAGGUCGGGGUGCUUCUUCUGAAUCUUGGAGGGCCAGAGACACUUCAUGAUGUUCAACCGUUUUUGUUCAAUUUAUUUGCUGAUCCUGACAUCAUACGUCUCCCUAGGCUGUUUCGGUUUCUUCAAUGGCCCUUGGCAAAAUUAAUUUCUGUGCUACGAGCUCCUAAAAGUAAAGAAGGAUAUGCUGCAAUAGGAGGUGGCUCACCUCUGCGGAAAAUAACUGACGAGCAGGCACUUGCACUUAAAAUGGCUCUAGAAAAAAAGAACUUACCUGUAAAUGUUUAUGUUGGAAUGCGGUAUUGGUACCCAUUCACAGAAGAGGCAGUUCAGCAGAUUAAGAGAGACAGGAUUACAAGGCUUGUUGUGCUGCCACUUUAUCCACAAUUCUCUAUCUCUACAACUGGGUCAAGCAUCCGCGUACUCCAGGGAAUUUUCAGGGAAGAUGCAUAUCUGUCAAAGUUGCCUGUUUCUAUUAUUCGGUCCUGGUAUCAGCGAGAAGGUUAUAUUAAUUCCAUGGCUGACUUGAUUCAGAAAGAGUUAGAGAAUUUCUCAAGGCCUGACGAGGUCAUGAUAUUCUUCAGUGCCCAUGGGGUACCUGUCAGUUAUGUUGAGGAUGCCGGUGAUCCAUACAAAGAUCAGAUGGAAGAGUGCAUCUACCUAAUCAUGCAGAACUUGAAAGAUAGAGGAAUUGAUAACUAUCAUACUUUGGCAUACCAGAGUCGAGUUGGGCCUGUACAAUGGUUGAAGCCCUACACUGAUGAAGUUCUUGUUGAGCUUGGCAAGAAAGGUGUGAAGAAUCUCCUAGCUGUUCCAGUAAGCUUUGUAAGUGAGCACAUAGAAACUCUUGAAGAGAUCGACAUGGAGUACAAGCACUUGGCCCUUGAAUCUGGCAUUGAAAAUUGGGGACGUGUCCCUGCCCUGAACUGCACCUCUUCCUUCAUCAGCGAUCUAGCAGAUGCAGUAAUAGACGCCCUACCUUCAGCUAUGGCUAUGUCUAACUCAAGGAAUAUCUCUGACGAAGAUGAGCGCGACCCUAUGGAAUAUGCUAUCAAAGUGUUCUUCGGUUCAAUCUUAGCAUUUGUGUUGGCUCUUUUCCCCAAAAAUGGUACUAGAAUUCAGGAAUCAUCUCCUUUGAAGGUGAAAAAAGAGUUGUAAGAGAGCAAAUAUUUUAAAAAGGAGUAUUACAGCUGAGUUUCGUAUAAGCUGCCCAUUUAAAGACUAAAAGUUUAAACAUGGUAACCGGUUUUUUUUUUUUUUUUUGGGGGGGUGG